AUAUUCGGCAGAAUAAGGUAUUUCACAAUUAUUUUCUAUAGUGCGUCAGAUAAGCAAAAGCUAUGACGUCUGCUGCACACAUACAAAUACGUUACAUAGAUAGUCAUAUCACGAAACAAUGACCGAGCUAACUACAGCUAGCGAAGUUACAGAGCUAGCUAGCAACAUAGCUACAUAGCUAACUACAGACCAGUACCUGACUUUAUGCAUUGUGCAUAUUGCAUCUUCAAAGUACAAUAUCCAAUGCAACCCCAGUAAUAUGUUUCACAUAGAACCAUAGUCUAUGCAAACGUAUCAGCAUCAUUGUCGUGUGUACAGUACAGUACACUGUAUUUGCAAGUUUCACACUUGAUGACUUGACUGACAGUCACUGUAUUUGUUUGGUUUCUAGCUUCCAAAGAGGUUGCCUGUCAGGCUUUGGACCCAGGAUGGGUUUCCAGGUGUGCAGUCCAGCCUCUCUGUGCACUGCAACCUCACCUGAGAUCCCCAGUAGUGCCGCUGAGGCAGUGGAGGCUCUUGCCCACUACAAGGACAGACCAUUGGACUACCUGGAGAAGAAUGGAGAUUAG